UGGCGCUGGCAUGGCUGCUUUGUCGAUGCAUAAACACAAACUGAUCAAUGUCGCCUAAAUUCUCUCAGUUUGUGGCGAAAUGGAAUUAAAAAUGCGACAUUUUCACCACCGGUUGUAAUUAAAUUUUACUAAGACGUAAAAUUCAGGUCUUUUCACAUUCAAGAUGAGCAGAAUUCUGCAGCGUCUGUCUCGGACAAUUCUGCAGCAUGCUGCCCACAAGCCAUCAGCAUUGGCUUUGUGUCCGAGUCGUCUUUUGCAAUGCAGUAGUGUGCUGAAAGGACCACCGCUGAAAGGCACCGAGAACAUAACGUCCUACGAAUUCCUGAAAAGAGACCCUAAGUACCAGUCCACCCUGGCUCCUCUCACAAAGGACUUCCACUUACCUGAAAGACCUUUGGAUAGUGACGAGUUCACAGAAUUGCUGGCCAGGGAUGAGUGGAAUACGCAGGACGUUUUGGACCAGUUCGUCCGAGUCUCCUAUUUUGUGCUUCACUCGAAUAUGGAUGUCAAUUUGUCUGAGCCCUGCUUCAACUCGAUGGUUACCAAACUAAUUGAAGCUCUGCCUUUGUACUCAUUUGAUGGGCUGUGCAAAAUUUUAUUCUGUUUGAAUAUCUGGCCUCGGACUCCGACAGUCAAGUCGGAGAACUUUCAUCGCUUGUGGAUGGAAUUGGACAAAGCGUGUCAGUCCAAAUUUUCGGAAUUCGACCACAGCCAGCUGCUUAUCCUUCUCGACCACUGGUACCACGUGGAUCUGCUGCGACUCUGCCACUUUGGAGAAAUGGCAAAUCGUAAACUACUUAAAAGAGUCACUCAUCGUUCGCACGCUCAAAUUAUCCAAAGUCUCUUUUAUGUCAACGCGAGACGAUAUUUCCCGAUCAAGGAAGUUGUUGGACUCCAAGUGUAUCUGGAAAAGAAAAUUUCUGCGCUCAGUAUUGAGGAGGUUGGAAUAUGUGCCAUGGCAUUUUUCAAAUCGCAGAAGAGAAUAGUCAGUUUCAACCUGAUGGAGAUGAUGAUUAGGAAACUCAUCACCAAUGCCGAAAGUGCUCAUAAUAUCACUAUCACUUGUAUUGCAAAGGCUAUUCGCAUGGGUCUACACUUGGGAUUGAUUCCUUUGCACUAUCAGAUGCUGGAAAAACUGUAUCCUAGAGUUAAAAGCAAGGAAUUGUCCGACAUGGCCACUAUGCAUUUAAUCUUGGCCGGAACAAACGUCCAAAUGCCUCACCAUGGUAUCAUGGCCAGCGCCACCGAACAACUUAUCUCCAACAUCAAGAACAUCCGACUGAAGGAACUCGAACGCCUUUGCAUGGCCCUGCAGAUGUUUAAGUGGCCUAAGGAGUUGCCUGGCAUAACCGAAAACAUUUAUCAGACAAUCAUAGACGAAAUCAAGUCGCCGGAGCGGGAAAAGGAAUGCAAUAUUUACCCUCGAAGUUUUACUGCCCUUCUGCAUUACCUUAGUGUUUUGGGUUUGUACGAUUACGAGUUGGCCAACAGAGCUUUAAGCCACGAGUUUUUAAAUAUCGUCUACAUGCCCAGUGUCAAAGCCUCUGGCUUUGAAAUCCUCUCCCUGGACAUAGGGCUUGAGAUCGAAUGUCCGGAUUACUCAGGAGCAAGGCUCUCGGAGAAAGCCAGAUCUGUUCUGUCGAGGGAGAUUAGCCAGACCCCGCUGUUCUAUAACGAUUUCUUAAACCGCAUGGACAAGGGCUCGUACAGUGACAAGAAGUUUAAGGAAAUCGCCGCCAGUUUAACCAAAGUCCUAGGGGCGGACUGGAGUAAGAAAAUGUACAUUGGUCACGCUUUACCAAAUUACUUUCGCCCGGACAUUUUUAUCAAGCUGAGUGAUGACUGUGAGCAAGUGGAGGACAUCCCUGAAGGUUUCGGCUAUAAGUUUCCUGGAGAAAUCAAACGCCCGGAUAGUCCCAACUGGAUCAGUUUGGUUUACGGCUGUAGAGCAUUGAUGAUAAGAAAUACAGAGACUGAAGUUAUUGGAAGUCUAGCUAUGAAACUUAGAAUGAUCGAGAAAUUAGGAUACCAUCCUGUGCUGAUUUUGUCAUCAACUUUUCCAGAAAACGUUGAAGACCAGGCUGUAUAUAUUUCAAAUAUGUUAGAAGAAUGCAAAAGGGCACUGAAAAGUAGACAAAAAUUAGCCAAGGUGAAUUUGUAGUUUGAAAAAAUGACGAUAAAAAAUUGAUUUGAA